ACCUAUGGUGCUAUCCUAGUCGCCCUUUGAAUCGCCAAUCCGCGCCAAAGAGGACACCUCCCCCACGAGCCUCGCGCUGCGGGUCUUCAUCGUUAACAUGGCAUUCCAAUUCUCGAGUGUGAGCUCCUCGCCGUCCACCCCCCAAAGAGGAUCGAGAAACGCUUCUAGUAUUUACUCUGCCGAACAUCCCUCCACCACCCCGAUCGGUCCUCCUCCACCCUCCUCCGCGCCGUCCUUCACGCCGGCUGGCGAUCCCUCGCCCUCCUUCCUGCAAAGUUCCAUCGGUGCCAUGUCUGGUAAGAUUAAGCCGCCAAACUUCGGUCGACCGAGCCUUUCCAAGACCAAGUCCAGUCCCGGGAAACGGAACCGCGCACCCCUGGGAAGAUCGAUCGGCGGCGCCAACUCUAGACAGCCGUCCGGCUUGAGUAAGGAGUAUCGUGGCGAGGAUGAGGAAGACGAGGAAGACGAUGGAGGUGCGGGCAUACGGAAAAAUCGAGUAGGCACGUACGGCAUGUCAUAUGAUGACACUACCGAAGGCGAGGAUACCGAGCCCGAUAACACGAACCCUCUAGAUGACGAUGACGAGGAGGACGAUGGAGAAGAGGACGAAGACGACGAGUAUGACGAGGAGGAGGAGGAGGAGGAGGAUGACGACGAGGACGCUAUGGCAGAGGAUGGAUCUGACUAUGAUAUGGAGGAAGAUUUAUUGAGAGAGAUAGCUGGCACUGGCCGAUACGAUGACCAGUUUGCUGACGACACGGACUUGAUGAUGCUCGCGACGCCCGCUGCGGACGAGCGUAUCAGCAAGGAAGCCGAAGACAUGUUCCGCGCUUCGUCCCUACGUUCCGCCGCCGCCCGAAAGAAAGAUAUGAGAUACGCGACACUCGCAAAAGACCUUUACAGCCAGCUGCAGUUCGCGGCCGUGUCCGAGCCCGACAGUGUCGUGCUCCAAACCGAGGAGCUCAUCAAUCAGCUCUAUGAUGAUGGCGUCGGUCCUGAAGACGAUGAAGAGCGGUUGGACGACACGCUGGCCCAGACUUGUAUCCGACUAGUCAACGAAAUAUGGGGUCCUCAUGUGGAAGACCUACCCAAAUCCUACGGCGAGCACACGGCCAAGGUAGGGCCCAGUUCCCUAGCUCCCGACUUCGAGAAGGCUUUUUUCCUCGCGGUCCUCGUCCUUCGAAUUCACCAUACGCCCUCGGUGAGAGACGAAUUCGGCGCAGCUAAAUACUUAGCUUUGCCUGGCAUCCUGUUUGAAUGGCAGCAACACGAACACAAUUUCGACCAGGACCAGGCCGACGCCAUCCUAGCUUACCGGCCCUCCCCCGCCGCCCAUUCGCUCUUCUGGCAGGCCGUCUUCAGUGCUCUCGUGCGCGGGAACAUUGCCGGGGCGAUGCAACUGUUGAGGAACGCGGGCUGGGAAUCCGUCAAGAAGACCCCCCGCGGCGAGCCCCUUUAUAGCGGCCAAGUCCUGGCAAAUAUCAAACGCGCAGUUGAGGAUCUCUGUCUCGUCAUGGAGAUCUGCCCCGCGGUGGACGACGACAGUUGGGAUAUUCGAAGUAGCGAUUGGACGUUAUUCCGCCUGAAGGUCAAAGCGGCGAAGGAGGGACUCAUCAGCUUCUCGGAAGGCAAGGAGCGGACCCGCAUCUCGUCAAAACGGUUUACCGAAUCCGAUUUUGCUGACUCUGUGGAUGGGCGACAAUCGCUCACGGGACUUGCUCGGCGGGCAGAGAGUCGAAUUCCCUGGGACGUCUACGAAAACUUGCAGUCGCUCUAUUCGAUCCUCAUCGGAGAGCCGGAUUCGAUCCUCGCGGCCGCACAGGACUGGUGCGAGGCGACGAUCGGUCUGUUCGGGUGGUGGGAUGACGGCCACAACAAGCGGAGUCUUGGCGCCUCUCAUUCGAGGUCACUUCCCCUGCCCGGCCCCCCUACUGAAGACGAAGACUUCUCCGGUCGCCUCGCCCUGUCCCUUCAGACCGCCACCGAGACCGACUUUCACUUCAACUCCGCCGAUCCCGUCGAGGUGGGUCUCGCUUGCGCAUUCGAAGGAAAUAUCGAGGGUGUUAUCGGGUUCCUGAGAUCAUGGUCGCUCCCGGUCGCAUCGGCGGUAGCCGAAAUCGCGUCGCUGGGGCGGUGGUUGCCUGCUCGAGAGCAAAAUCUCAUCAACAUGGACGACUUCGACAUGGAAGAGUUGGAGGUUUUGGGCAUGAGCCAGAACACCAACGCGGAGGACAAGGACGGGAUCAAGGAUGCAAUUCUGAUCCACUACGCUCGCGGCCUGAAGGACCGCAAGCACAUUUCGGGUACUGGUCUGCACGGCAAGGUCUCUCGAGAUGGCUGGGAGUUGGCCAUCCAAGUCGUCGGCCGUAUGGAUUCCCCGGAGCGCUCUGAGCAGAUGGUACAAGAAUUGUUGCAGAGCGUCCUAGAUACCAUCGAUGAAUAUUCUCGCGAUACGGUUGACAAGAUCUGGAGGUUGCUAAACGAACUCGGCAUGAUUAAUUUUGCCGAGGACACAGCGGAGGCCUUUGGAGAUGUUUUAGCAAAGGAAACGUUCCGCUUUGGCGAGGCUCUCUGGUACUACUCUCUGGCGCACCGGCCCGGGAAGGUUCGAGACGUCUUGAAUACGCUCAUGUCCAUCUCUCUCGUGGAGUCUACGACCUACCCCCCCGAAAGCGAGCUAGAUGAGACCCUCAAACAAUUACUGAAGGAGCGCACGGCGACGCUAGAACAAUAUGCGAAGCAGGAUUUGGAGGCGGCAGAGCUUCUUGGCAAGAUGCUAAGCGGGUACGCAACGCUCAGGAAGUUCUACGAGCUCCGUGAUGGCGACGGAAAGACCAACCAAAAGUCCCUCGUGCGCCGCCAGCAGGCCGCAGCGACCCUCGCCGCAGUCAUUGCUAGUGCCGAUGACAACAUCCGGGGCGGCCUGUACGAUGACACGCGGGACGCCGUGGUGAGCGAGGAUUUCCUGCUGGCGCUCCUCGGAGAAGCGUCGGUCUUCGUCGGCCAGUCGCCGUCCGUGAUCACGCUCGACCAGAUCGACACGCUGCUGAAGGCGAUCGAAGACAUCCAGGCGGUGGGGUCCAGGGUGUACGAGGCUUCCGACGAGUUCUUCAAGCUCGUCCUGGCGUCGGGACACGGGAAGGGAUCGACGCCGGCGGACCUGCUGAAGCAGUCGACCUCGUCGCUGGGCGGCAGCUUCGUGAUGACGGGCAGCUCGAUGAUGGCGUCCCAGCUGCACCAGUCAGUAGUCAGGAGCGGGGUCAUCAAGGGCCCGGUGAAGCGGGCGUGGGACUGGCGGGCGGGGGUCUACGCGUCCAGCAGCUCCGCCGACGUGCUGAAGCGGGUCCGACUCGGCCUGACGAGGGACCUAGCAAACCUUUGGCUCGAGCAGGCGGACAGCGUCAUACUGUAAAGAUCUAGCCGCGCCCGGCCCGUCCGGCGGAGCCGCUAUCAUCCUCUUUUCUCUCUCUCUCUCUCUCUCUCUCCAUCAUUGGAGCUAGCUGGUCGGCGUUUCGGCGGACGGACAUGAUUCUCGAGUUGUGUAAUAAUACCACGGCAGGAGAUUUUGCGCGCGCGGA